UCAUUAAUUUAUGGGGUUUUAGUUUGUGCAGGAAAUGGGCUUCCUUAGAAUUUUCCUAGUAGCCCUUUUCGCUUUGUUGUUAAGAUCUGUUCAUGGUUACAAACAAGGGUGGUCCAAUGCCCAUGCUACCUUUUAUGGAGGUGGUGAUGCUUCUGGUACAAUGGGAGGAGCUUGUGGGUAUGGAAAUCUAUACAGUGAAGGUUAUGGGACAAACACAGCAGCACUGAGUACUGCUCUGUUCAACGAUGGAUUAAGCUGUGGAGCUUGUUACGAGAUCAAAUGUGGAAGUGGAUGCAAAUGGUGCUUAACGGGAUCCAUCCUAGUCACAGCAACCAAUUUCUGUCCACCAAACAAUGCUCUCCCAAAUAGUAAUGGAGGAUGGUGUAAUCCUCCUCUCAAGCACUUUGAUCUCUCUCAGCCUAUUUUCCAACGCAUAGCUCUGUACAAAGCAGGGAUAGUCCCUGUCCAGUAUAGAAGGGUUGCUUGCAAGAAGAGAGGUGGAAUAAGAUUCACCAUAAAUGGACACUCAUACUUCAACCUUGUGCUAGUGACAAACGUUGGUGGAGCUGGUGAUAUUGUGGCCAUCUCUAUCAAAGGCUCUAGAUCAACUAGUUGGCAAUCCAUGUCUCGGAACUGGGGACAAAACUGGCAGAGCAACUCCUACCUUAAUGGUCAAGCUCUUUCUUUCAAGGUCACAACAAGUGAUGGACGAUCUGUGAUCUCCAACAACGUUGCUCCUUCCAAUUGGGCCUUCGGUCAGACCUACACCGGAGGACAGUUCUAACUUCUAAGCUCUCUCUCUCUCUCUCUCUUCCCCAAAACUAACCAAAAUCAUCUUUCUAUAGAUUAGCUCAUUAGGCAGGAGAAUCCAGAGUU